CUGUAGCACUUUGUUUCUGUGUAGUGAGCAAGUUGUUUGGAAGAAGAGGGAGAGAGAGAGAGAGAGGAAGGGUGGGGGCGAGCGAGCAGAGGACAGAAGAGAGAAAGAGAAAAGAGAGAGAGAGGGGGAAAGAGAAAAUCUCGUCAUGUCUCUCUUCUUCUGCUUCUUCGUGUCCGUUUAGUGAUCUCGCGGCGCUGCGCAGAUAAUGUCCGAGAAUGUCCAUUUCUGGGACUUUGAGCAACUACUACGUGGACUCCAUCAUAAGUCACGAGAGCGAUGAACUCUCAGCCCCGGCUCGCUUUCCCGGUGUGCAGUACUCCGGCUCGAGCUCCGCCGCGUUGGCGGCAGGGAGGCAGCCCGGCGGAGCUGCGCACGCGGAGCAUCCCCAUCCCGAGUCGUACCCGUCCUGCAGCUUCCAGCCGAAGCCCCCGGUCUUCUCCUCGUCCUGGAGCCCGUUCAGUCCGCACCACGGGGCCAGCGGCCUCCCGGCUGUUUACCACCCGUACAUCCCGGCGCAGCACGUGCCCGCCGCGGACACUCGGUACCUCCGCUCGUGGCUGGACUGCGCGCCGCGCGGCUCCGAGUCUGUCCCGGGUCAGUCGGGGCAGGUCAAGCUGGAGCCGCAGCUCGCGCAUCUCGGCACAGAGAUCCCUCCUAAACUCAGUGGACAGCUCCAGCACGAGACCACCACGUACAUCCUGGAGUCGACGUCCACGGCGGCGCGCGAGCUGAACCACCAUCCGUCCGCCACCCCGGGAGCAGGGUUCGAGGAAAAUAAGGACAUUUGUGAGGGGAGUGAGGACAAAGAUGGCCUGGAUCAAACUGACCCCUCGGCCAACUGGCUGCACGCGCGCUCCUCCCGGAAGAAGCGCUGUCCGUACACCAAGUACCAGACGCUCGAGCUCGAGAAGGAGUUCCUGUUCAACAUGUACCUCACGCGGGACCGGCGGCACGAGGUGGCGCGCGCGCUCAACCUGACGGAGCGGCAGGUGAAGAUCUGGUUCCAGAACCGGAGGAUGAAGAUGAAGAAACAGAGCAAGGACCAACCCAAGGACUAAGCGGGGACUCUCGGACCCACGCACGAGCGGCACAUACGCCUGGUUUUGACGCACGUGCACGCACGCUCACAACAUGUAUCCUGUAACGUUUCUUAAACACAAAAUGGCCUUCCUGCAAACACGCACACAGACAACCUUUCCAAUUAGUUUAAACCUCCAGGCCCCAUCACACCUGAUCGAUACACCUGAUCAGCGGCUUCAUUGAUCUAAUGAAGGUCGCACGCGCUCCCUGGGAGGCCUGGACUCUUGAACAAUUUUCGUUUUCAGUCGUGGUGGAUGAUGGGUAAAAAGUCACAGACCUACAGUGAUUCUUCCUGGAACUUUUUUCCUGACAAUGUGUGGGACCGCUUCUAAAGCUGCGGACUGGACUGAGUGUUUGGUGACGUCAUGCGUCUUUAUUUCACGCUGUUUUUAAUUAGUUUGAUCUGUAAUGUAAAGGAAGAGAGUAUCACACCGCCUCGUGCUAGAGAGAGAGGGAGAGAGAUGUUUUCUUCUUUAUCAAGCACUACUUUUCCUCUUAUUGGUUAUUUAUUGUUCCGUAUCUGACACCGGAGGCGUGCGAAGGUGCUGAAAUCGUGGUUUCACGUGGCCAUUAAUAAACACCAGGAGCGGAGGAGGAUAGAACACGAACACCUCCUAUACCGGCAGGGUUUGAUUAGAAAGCGCCUGAUGUUCGGCGUUGAUACAAGCAGCAAGCCGCCGUUUGUUUCCAGGUUGUCGGUCUAAGUAAUGAGCAGAUACCGGGGGGGGGGAGGAGGUGGAGUGAUGGGAUGGUGAGGGUGUUAACCCGACUCAGCAACCGAGAGGCUCCGAUUAGGCUGCUGUCGAUACGGUGGAUCCCGCCCUCCGGAUGCUUUAUCUGCUGCAGCUCCUCUCGUGCUCGGCUUCUCUCGGCUGUCGAUCGUCGCACGAGCCCGGAGUCAGCAGAGUUUAUUGUCUCCAAGAAACACACAAAAUAAUCAUCAUCAAGCACACACAUCAAGACUUUGUGUGUGAAUGCUCGUCAGAUUUAGGGGAGACUGGGGGCGGUUGCAACAUUUCUCUCACUGUUUAGAUUAGGAAAUAAAAACACAUUUAUUCUCAUUAUUAAACUAAAACACCUCCGAUAAUUAUUACUUACUAAUAAUUAUUUUGAAUAAAUGCAUAAAAGUGAACAACAUACAUUUAAAUCAGAAAUUAGAUUUUUUAGGUUUUCACAGAGAACAUCUACCGACACUUAUCAGGGACCUUACAAGGUUUUAAAAAGUUCUCCUUAUUGUCUCAAAACACAAUAAAAAAAGUGCAUUAUUUUAAAAAUUUAAUAUUUUAUAAUUUAUUCAUGAAUUAGAUAAUACCACAUUUUAAAAUUUGAUAUAACCCUAGAAUGUUUAAAGUUUGGGAUUUUUGAAAAUAGAAAAUUAUUUUUCCUAAAUUCUUUCUACAGAUUAAAAAAAACAGUUUAAUGUAAUUUAUAUUUUAUUUAGUUGUAAAGGAAAAUGUAGAAACUAAUUUCAAUGUAGUGAUUUGAACAUAAAGGCUUUUUUUUCAGACUGAAUGACUCUCUCUCUCUUGUUGACACAGUCCCCGGUCUCCCCUACUUCAGGAGAUAAAGACUCAGACAGCUUUCCACCCUCCAACAGAUUUAAAGACCGGCUACACACAAACGUCUUAAUUAGAACAAAAUCUUUCAUGGCUGCAGAAGAAUUUUCAGCAAAACGUCAGAAUCUAGUCCGCACAAAGUCCGCGUGGUCCUCAACAUCCUUCUUAUCCUUCUUCAACGUGAUUCUUCCUUUCUCUGGAGGAGAAUCAUCUCUAUUUUUAUACAAAUCUACAGUUUGUUCUGUAAUAUCUGCUAUGCAAGCACGGGUUCCUCUCUAGUCAGGAAGUAUCCACAGGCAGUGUGCGCAAAGAGAGAGAAUACAAAAACACGCUCACAUGUUGACUGGAAAUCUGAAUUCCUCGUCGGUGUCCUCCCCCCCUUCCCCUCCCCCCAUAAAUAUGAUUCCUAUAUGUUGUAAAAGAGGUUUUAUAUAAACAGAGAGGACAGGACGGCCUGCGUGGAAAUGCUUUAGCAAUAGUGUCGACGUUUAAUAGCUCAGAAAAUGAUGUGGUCCGUUUAUGCAGAAUUUUAUGAGUGUGAGUGUUAAAGUAUGAAGAGGCCGUGUUGGACUGUUUCUACGGCGUUAUUUGGAGUGUCGGUGUAGUUAAAGGGCGUCCGAUGGCAGUUUUAUGGACGGAUCAUAAACUACACACAGGCUUUACAGCGUUUACAACCGUGUGUGUGUGUGAGAGAGAGAGAGAGAGAGAGUGUGUGUGUGUCCGAUAAGAAAGAGAGAAAGAGGAUGUGUGUGCGCGCAUGUGUUGGCCGUCGCGGUUGCAGACCACGAAGGCUGCCUGCACCAACAUUGUAAAAACUAAACAUUAUAUAUAAAUAUAGUUUACACACACACACACACACACACACACACACACACACACACACACACACACACACACACACACACACACUGCAGCUCUAAUUAACGUGCAGAAAUAACGGGUCCACAAACAGCCUCUCUUCUCUUUAACUUUUCUUUCUUGUUUUUUUGUUUUUUUUGUUUUUUUGCAGAGUCUUAAACAGAGAAGCGCGCGCAGCAUCACACCCUCCAUUCACGAGCACAAAUGUUUACAUGGUUUGCGCAUGCCUCGAGUCUCCAGUCGUUUUGAGACGUGUUGUUUUCGUCGUUUAGCUCUUUGUGUGUUCAAUGUGUCGGAGGGGGAAUGCUUUCAGAAAAAUUAAAAGCAGACUAAAUAGACGUUUUUUUUUUUUCUCGAUAGGAAUAUUCCUUAUUUAUUGUAAAUAAAGUGAGUAACCUCGUCUUUCUUAUUGGAAUAUGAUGAUUCUUGUUUGUCUAAUAUGGAUUUGACUGUAUAUAGAUGAUUCUGUUCUCUCCUUUCUGUUUCCUUGUUAUUGUGCAGACUGUCUCUUUGUGUUUGAUGGUGAACAGUGGUGAGCAGGACUGAAGCUGCAGGGAGGACAGAUUUCAUUCAAAUGUAACAAUGUCUCUUUAAAACGAUCAGCUUGAUUUGAAUUAUUGACUCUUCCUUCCGCCUUCUUCUCUGUAUUUAUUCUCCUGACUGAGGGACUUUUGGUUCCUGGAGGUUUUUGUAGUUGGUGAAUAUGGACAGAGCUCCAGAAGUCUCUCUCCUCUUCAGACAAAUGUGACCCAUGUGUCCACAGUGGAGGCUUUAUUACCGAGCAGGCGGACUCCACAGUCUCUGUGAUCCUCUCCUUCAUGUCUCCAUGUGUCACUUCUUGUGCGUUUUUCUCUUCUCUGUGUUGUUGUCUUCUGUUACUUUGUGCGAUGGCACUGCUGAUGCUGGAUUCAUAUUAAAGAAGAGUCUUUACACAA